AUGACCACCGCUCAUAGGGCCACGUUUACCCAUGCAAAGGCCAAAGAUACCUCGCUAUCCCAGACUUAUCAGGCAACGCUUACCCAUAAACGGUUUCUUCCCGCGCAUACCCAGUUGAAAUAUCGAUCCAAAAAGCUUGAUCCUCAGAAUAAUGACUCUGGGGACCUUAGUGAUGCUGACAAGGUGCAUGAAAUGAAGAAGAAGUUGAUGAGGAAAGAACACGCUCAUUUUACCCUGGUGGGCCAUAAAUUGGCAGAUAAGUCUACAGAAGAUCAAUCACAAGAACAACCACGACUAGCCAUCACCACAGGAUCCCGGGAAUUGGAUAAUGAUUCUAGUGAUGAUGAAGAGAUGAUGUCCCAAGGAAACAAUGGGGUUAUGGGGAUACUCAAUACCGCCAGCGAUAGUGAAAAUAGCGAUGAUGAUGAUGAUGACGAAGAUAGUGAAGACGACGACGAGGAUGAAGAUGAAACAGCACAGCUAUUGCUAGAGUUAGAAAAUAUCAAAAAUGAAAGAAAGCAACGAGAGCAACAGAAGCAAGAAUUAGAGGUGACAGAGGUAGCGAAGACCAGCAAUCCACUAGUGCAAUUUGCUGACAAUAACGAUAAUGAGAAUGAAAAUCAGGGUGGUCUAAAGAGAAGUUGGAGAGAUAGUACAUUGUUCAGUAAUAAGAAACGAAAGGGAACUAAUGAAGUCAAAAAUGGGGACGAUGGGUUCUCCAACGAUUUGUUGCACUCGCAAUUCCAUCGAAAGUUUUUGGAAAGGUAUAUUAGAUGA